AUGCCAUAUCUCGAUUUCUUAUGUCUUCGAAUUGGAUCUUGUGCAAAAUGGAAAAAAAUUUAUUUUGUUGUUCCAACUACCAUUGCACUUCGAUAUAAUCCCAAUAAGGAUAAUCUUAAUUCAUCAACUGGCACCACAUCGGCGUAUGUUCAAAUAAGUUCAUACACUAUAGAAUUUCGCUCUCGAAUUGACAAAGUCGGCAUUUCACGAGUCAGCUCGAUGUCGCAUCCUAUUCAAAUUCAUAACGAUCAAGAAAAUGCUUAUCUCAUCACAUUUGCUCAACCAAACACUCAUUUGGAUCGAGAUAUUCUUGUCGAUCUAGAGUUGAUUGAAAAUCAUUCGAAUGCUAUUGUUGCUGUGGAGUCUGGUGCAGUUAUGGUUUCGUUUCUACCUAUCAAAGAAGAUUGCCAACUUUCAAUGAAUAACGUGGGCACAACCAAUGAGUUCAUUUUGUCGUCGACUGCAACGGAUCGAUGA